UACAAUUUUCAUAUUUUUCAAGAUCUAACAGUGGGCUCUAAAAUAAAGCCCAAAGCAAAAAUCCAGUGCACACCUUGCCGAAUGGGAUAGAUAUAUGAAUGAAGCCCAUUAGCAACUGAUAUCCACAAUUUUCUUGGGCAGAUUUACGCAAAUGUCCAAAUACUGCUCCAGCCGGCGAACCACCACCAAAUGACCCUUCAUCCCUCUUUCUCGUAGCUCCGACGAAGCCGACCGACGGCGAAUCCCCCUUCAGCCAUCGGCGAAUCGGACCAACGCCGCUCCGCCACUUCCUCUCUUCUCCCUUUUCGCUUUCUCUCCUUCGUUGCCGACCACCACACUCUUAGAUUGCGAUUCCGCCAACUUCCUCCUUGUCCUCUAGUAUCUCCCACUGGUAAAUUGUUAACAAGUCCACAAAAUUCAAAUGGGGAAAAACGAUUUCUUAACCCCAAAAGCAAUUGCCAAUCGAAUAAAAGCAAAGGGUUUACAGAAGCUACGAUGGUAUUGCCAGAUGUGUCAAAAGCAAUGUCGAGAUGAAAACGGAUUCAAAUGUCACUGUAUGAGUGAAUCUCAUCAACGUCAAAUGGAAAUAUUUGGUCAAAACCCUAAUCGCAUUGUAAGUGGUUAUUCCGAGGAGUUUGAGAGUUUAUUCCUGGAACAUAUGAAACGUAGUCAUCGAUUUAGCCGUGUUGCUGCAACUGUUGUUUACAAUGAGUAUAUAGCUGAUCGACAUCAUGUUCAUAUGAAUUCCACUCAAUGGGCAACGCUAACUGAGUUUGUUAAGUAUUUAGGGAAAACGGGCAAGUGUAAAGUUGAAGAGACUCCAAAAGGUUGGUUUAUUACGUAUAUUGAUCGAGAUUCUGAGACUCUUUUCAAAGAGAAAAUGAAGAAUAAGAGGAUUAGGGCUGAUUUAGCGGAUGAAGAGAAGCAGGAAAGGGAGAUUAAGAAGCAAAGAGAGCGUGCGGAGAUGUUGAUGGAUGGUAAUGAGCAGCAACAGUUGGAGUUGCAGCAACCAAAACUCUUGGAGAAAUUGGAAACUGAUCAGAAGGUUAAGUUAACUUUAGGGUCGAUGUCGAAAUCUGUUGUGAAAGAGAGAGGAGAAAGCUCGAAAUUUGUAUUUGAUGAGAUAGAUAAUGAGAAGGGAAAAGGGAACAAGGAUAGGGAAAAAGCUGGUAAGAAUGGUAAAGGUGGAGGUGGAUCGGUGUUGGAUGAGUUAAUGAGAGAGGAAGAGCAAGCAAAAGAACGUAGUAAUAGGAAAGCUUACUGGUUAUGUGAGGGGAUAAUUGUGAAGGUAAUGAGCAAGGCAUUGGCUGAAAAAGGUUACUAUAAGCAAAAGGGUGUUAUUCGUAAGGUUAUUGAUAAGUACGUUGGGGAGAUUGAGAUGCUUGAAAAUAAGCAUGUUCUAAGGGUUGAUCAAGAAGAGCUCGAGACUGUAAUUCCCCAAAUUGGAGGUCUUGUGAGGAUCGUUAAUGGUGCAUAUCGUGGAUCAAAUGCCAGACUGUUAGCAAUUGAUACAGAUAACUUUUGUGCUAAAGUACAAAUUGAGAGGGGAAUAUAUGACGGGAAGAUUCUCAAGGCUAUUGAUUACGAUGAUAUAUCAAAAUUGGCUUAAUAACAAUGAUAAAAGGAUGCCAGAGGGCUAGUAUUGGUAGAAUUUCUUGUUCUUCUCGUUGUACUAUGUGAGACUGCUUGGUUAGUUUUCAGUUAUACAUUAUUGCUAAUGUUGGUUUCUUCACAGGUGAGGUUGUCUCUUGUAUUUACCUCCUUCUACUGCCUUUUGUUUUGAUGUUUUAUGUUUUGAUAAGUCAUCAAUCAUCUGUAAUCUAAACCAUUCCCUUAUAUAUGUAGUUGUUGAUCUUGUAUUUUUGGGAA